AUGAUGCAACUUGCCAGUUUGCUGAUCUUGUGGGGCUGUCUGAUGUCAACCAGCGUACAGGCAAUCACUUCAGAUGACGUUUCAACAUCGCCCCUGAAACAAUGGGAAUCUGCCUUUGCUGCAUCAUCGGCUCAGAGCAGUUGUCUUGCAAUGAAAUACAAUAACGAAUGCGUCCUCCUGCUGUACCGCUCCCCACUCAGCAAUCGGUGGAAACCCUAUUCGUCGUCAUCAUAUGCGCCUACCCAAUCAACCGAAUUAUUAGGUCUUCAAGUGAGACCCGUCGAGUCGACUGUAGUUCAACACGCGCCGUCAUGGAUGUCCUUUCCAAAUGCUCAAGUCUUGGCCAUGACUGGCUUUGCUCCUGAUGUCGACCAUUUGGCUCGUUCCAUCCAGAAGCAUGCCGACAAUCAUGAAAGCACCUACGAAGAAUCAAUGACUACACACUCCAUGACUACGAAAUUGGCAGCAGUAGUUCAAAAGGCAGCACAAUCUGGAGGACGUCCCUUUGGCGUACAGGCCCUGUUGGUUGGUGGGGAUGACAUCGAUCCUUCGAGAGGACUGUGCAUCUAUUCGAUUGACCCAAGUGGAAGCUGGCAGUCUUGGGGGAAGGGUGCUUCCAUUGGCCGAUAUUCCAACAAGCUGCGGAAAGCGUUGGCAGAAGCAUUGUCGUCGUCGUUGUCAGCGACAACUCUCCAGGAAACUCUGUCACAGCUGAUUGGCUGUUGGGUGGAGACUCGCAGGGCCGAAAACCUUAGUGCGUCGGAAGAAGAAGAUCUUGAGGUGUUGGUGCUUCAACGAAAUCCAAAAACUGGCCAUUCUGGGCUCUUCAUUGUCGACAAUGACCAUGUGAAGAACAUAUUCACAGAUUUGUCGAAAACCACUCCUCUGUCGUGA